AUGCAUUCAGUAGCGAAGCGCAAGGAGCAGUCGAUCGCUGUGGCUGUGAGGGCGGCGUCUACGAUGUGCAUGAACACGGACACACCGAUAGACAUACCAGACGAGCCGAUGGCGACGGAGGAGGAGCUGCGUGCCUGGUCCGAGCUCGAACACAGUCGGCCCACAACCCCGUCGCCAGCUGGCGGUAACGAAGCCUGGCGGCUGCCCAAGCGGUACCAGGGUGUUUUUCAGGAGCGCUACGUCCUCCUGUUGCUGGUUCUCACGCUGCUGCUCUUCGUCGCCUCCACCUUUCAGAUGGAUACCAAGACGGAACUGGAAGAGAUCAAGCGCAUGUACGGCAUCGAGGAGGGGAUGAAGUCGUCGACGGGGCGCCCUGGCAACACGAAGGCAAAGAGGGCAUAG